AAAAAAAGCACCAUAUUUCUCAUUUUACCCCCGAAUUUACAAUCCGAUCAAUUAACCCCCCAAAAACAGAGUGAAACAUCUGUUUCGACCGAAAUCAAGUAAUUAGCCAUGCUUAAGAUGGAGAUUAACGGUGAAAAUUCCACCGAAACCGCAGCCGCUGCCGCCGUGACCGCUAUCCCCUCUCCUUCUCCCACCUCAUCUCCUCCUCUGCCCGUUUCACCGCAAACCCAAACCCAAACGCAAACGCAGCCGCAGCCGCAGGUGGUAAUAAUGAGCCCGUGUGCGGCUUGCAAGAUCCUGCGGCGGCGGUGCGCCGAGAAGUGCGUCUUGGCUCCGUAUUUUCCUCCGACGGAGCCGACGAAGUUCACCAUCGCCCACCGCGUAUUUGGCGCCAGCAAUAUCAUCAAGUUCUUGCAGGAACUUCCGGAAUCACAGAGGAACGAUGCGGUGAACAGUAUGGUGUACGAAGCCGGGGCCAGGAUAAGAGAUCCGGUGUACGGAUGCGCGGGAGCCAUUUACCAUCUGCAAAGGCAGGUGAGCGAGCUCCAAGCGCAGCUUGCGAAAGCGCAGGUCGAGAUCGUGGGCAUGCAGCUCCAACGAGCAAACCUGUUGGCGCUGAUUUGCAAAAUGGACCGACCUCAAGGUCAAGAACACGAUAUUACGAUGACGAUGCCCUUCGAGAGCUCCUUUGAAAGCGGCGACGAUGAGAGCAUUCACGACCUGGGUUUCCUUGACGACAUCAACUCCAACUCAUCGAUGUUGUGGUGGGACCCUCUGUGGACAUGACUCGUGACUGGCUAUGUUUUUUCUAUAAUUAUGAUCACAUAUAGAGAGAGUCCAGCCCGCAUUGAAAAUGCUUUAGUAGUUAUAGUUCGAUUUAGUUAUAUAUAUAUAUAUAUAUAUAUAUAUAUAUAUGGGUAAUUUCCUGAGGUUCGAGUGUUAGAGUAAGAAGUCAAGCAUGCUAUCAUAUUUUGACACGUCAGGUAAUUGUUGGAAGACAUAUAUUAAUUAUAUAUAUUUCUGACGUGUUAAUAUUUGAUGAUAGUGUUGAUGUAAUCCAUAAAAUGUUAUAUAUGUGUACGUGGAAAUAGUUAUUAGAGAUUAUGAAAAUGCACUUCCAAACUCAGACUCCAUGGGCUCAC